GACGAACCAUCUUGGUCUCAGCCAUUACCAGUUGUCUUUUUCCAUAUUCAAGUAAAGCCAGUUAGCAGUGUUCCUUUGUAACCAUUAAGAGCUGCAUACACAAGAGGUCGUCCCACUUUAAGGUCGUUUAAUUACCGAUUGAUACUGUAGCAAAGAUUGAUACCCUACUUUAUCCCAGGCCCCAAGCAACAGGAUAUGACGUCAUACUGGUUUAAGGGUCCUAGCCGGUCGCUUUUAGCAAAAGUUCAUCAUAUCGUUUGCUUACUUUUGGUCGAGUCAAGCAAGCCGAAGCAGAUGGUCUUACUGAAUGGGAAUUAACGGACAAAUCAAGAAUACAAAACAAUGGACUGUCCCGAGGCAAGCCCUUCGAUAAACUUAGACAGAAUACUAACCAAAAACCACAAACGACAAUCAGGGGUAAAUGAAGGAAAUACGGGACGCUACGUCUAUUCUGUUUUCGUGGCGGAACAUCCAUUUCUCCUUUUCUUCUCGACUCUUUUCGUCAUCUUUAUUUGCUCCCUCUGUAGUUUUGUUCCUGCUUUUAACGCUCCUGAAUUUCCAGACUUUUCGACUCCUGUUAUGGGUUUUGAAGCUCGAGGAAGUCAAAUUAAUGGACGUUGGAGGACCCGCCUAUUUCUCACCAUCGCAAUUGGCAGGAAAAUGUUUUCGCCGAUUCCUCCGAUGAAAGCCAUUAYAGAUACUGCACUUACGCAUUCUGUAGUCGAAAACUGUCCAAGCAUUAAUUUUACCAUCAUUCAAUCAAGAGCAACGAGAGAAAUGCGGUCUGUGCCUCACAAAAAAAGGUUUCGUUCACGUCGAGAUAAACACGGCAACGCGGCCGCACUGCAAAUGUGUGACAGCCCCAACGUAUACAUGAAAUCUCGACUGGAUUACAAAACUAUUUACACCUCGUCUGAUGGAAUGGGUUUGAUGACCGCUAUAAAGUUAAGAGCAGUAUGUAGGUUGGAAGAAAAGGUCAUUAAGAAAUUUGCCGAAUACGAAAGAAAGUGUUAUAAAAGAAAUAUAACCAGGUCAGUGACAAAGGAAGAAUGUUGUCCUAGUUGGUCAAUAGGGAACUACGUAGCAUCAAUACGCGGUAAAGCUUCCUGUGACGACAUAGACGAUGAUGAUGUUCUGAGCAUUGCAAAACGACUUCAAAAGUGUUCUGAUAUGUUCAACAAUGGAAGUUUAAAAGAAAACUGCUGGAACUUUGCUUAUGGGGUGCCAUAUCCCUAUUGCGAAGAUAUUCCUGUAGAUUGUAUUCAGUAUAAUGCAGUCUUCAACAUUCUUUACUAUUUAUCUGAUAAAGACUUUCAUGGAAUCCAGGGCGGUYAGCAUCUUAAAUACACUCAAGUUUUAACUCCACGUCAUGAGGACCUUCGCUUUUCGAGAAAGAUUUAUUAUAAAUACAUUGAGGACGGCAAGCCGGUCGAGGAUGGAUCAAUCCAAUUAAUUGGUUCUGACUUUCAUUCGUUUAAGUUUAACAUGUUUAACACUCAACUGAUUGCUGAUCUUGUUUAUCCUUUGAUCGCUCUCAUGGUUAUCCUGGUAAUCAUGUGGUUUUAUACCGAGUCCUUGCUGCUUACCAUUCUCCUCUCAGUCUCAGUUGUCAGCGCUCUGAUCUUAGCUUAUUUCGUAUAUAUGAUCAUUUUCGGUUUGGAUUUUUUUCCUUUCCUGAAUGUUACAACCCUGAUAUUCCUGGUGGGUAUUGGAGCUGACGAUGCAUUUGUGUACACAGACGUAUGGAGGCAAUCAAAAAGAGAACAUCCAGAAGCAUCUCUAAAGACAAUCACGUCUUAUACCCUCAAGCAUGCUUCCCUGUCCAUGUUUGUCACCAGUUUGACAACUGCUGCUGCUUUUAUGGCCAACUUUUCGUCUGAAAUCACAACCAUCAAGUUAUUUGGGUUGUACGCAGGGGUCGCCAUCUUGGCUAAGUUUUCUUUGAUGAUCACGUGGUUUCCAGCUGUUUGCGUCAUUCAUGAGCAAUACUGUGUAAAGAAUAUGUGUGGACCUUCCUUUAAGAACACUGGUCAAGAUUGGUUAUCAAGAUGCCGCACUAGUUAUGAAAACACCUUUACAAGGUUCUCUCGUUAUAUGUUCAAUGAGUUCCUACCCCAGCUUGUCAUUCGCUGCCGGUUUUUCUGGAUCUCAUUAUUCUCUUGUCUUUCUGCAGCAGGCUUGUUUGUUAUUAUUGGAUUUCCAGGUUUUCAGUUCCCAACAUCUUCUGAUUUUCAGAUGUUCGCGUCUUCCCAUCCACUUGAAAAGUAUGAUCUGUACUUGAAAGACAAAUUCCGCUUUGAAAUAAGUCCAUCGCAGGAAAGCGCUACUUUUCCGAUAGACAUAUUUUGGGGGAUACAACCUGAUGAUUACGGAGAUCAAUUAAACCCUUAUAGCUAUGGGAAGUUUGGAUGGGAUCAGGAUUUCGAUAUCGCUAGUCCAAAAUCCCAGAAAUGGCUCUUGGACUUCUGCAAAAGACUAAGAUCUCAAGAUUUCUAUGCCAGGAAACUAGGAUCUGAAAAGAAAUGCUUCAUUGAAGUCUACUAUAAUCAAACGUGCAACGAUCCACUCGUCCCCAAACUUUGUUACUAUCCAUGCUGCAAGAAUUCCACUUUUCCUUACUCAAAAGACAUACUUAAUUUUUGUGCCAUUACGAAUGCUUAUCGAAGGAAGAUUCUACGGUUCAAAGUGCAAGAUUCAACGAUUGGUAGCUUCAUCUACGAUCCGCAAGGAAACCUCAAGGGAAUCUGGCUUCGAAUAAUGAGCAACGUGAGACUGUCUCGAGCAUACAAACCUGCACACAGAUUCUGGGAGCGAAUAGAGACAUGGAUACAACAGGAAAUGAAAAAUGCCCCGCCAGGUAUGAACAAGGGUUGGUUUACAAGUAACCUGGAAUUCUAUAAUUUGCAACAAAGUCUGUCACGUGGUACACUUCUGUCGCUAAGCAUUGCCAUAGCAUCAGCCUUUGCCGUAAUGUUGCUGACCACAAUGAACGUGUUUGUCAGUCUGUAUGCUAUCUUGACAAUCAUUGGUAUUAUCUCGGUAACGAUUGGAUCUCUAGUGCUCAGUGGAUGGAAAUUAAAUAUAUUGGAGUCCAUCACAAUGUCUGUUGCUGUGGGUGUGUCCAUCGACUUCUCCAUGCAUUUUGGCGUGGCAUAUUGUUUGGCCUCUGAAAAACAAAGUCGUACGUCAAGAGUGCGUUACUCUUUGUCACGUAUGGGAUCUGCUAUCAGCAUGGCUGCUGUUACAACAUUCCUGGCAGGAGCCUUCAUGAUGCCGUCAGCCGUGCUGUCCUACAUACAAAUGGGUCAUUUUCUGAUGCUUGUCAUGACCGUUAGUUGGUUUUUUUCAGUGUUUUUCUUUCAAUCUCUUUGUGCAGUUGCUGGUCCACAGGGCGACACGGGGCAACUAAGCUUCAAGAAAAUGAAAAAAUGGCUAAAAUUGAGUGAGAAGAAUAAUGAAAAAAAGAAAAAGAAAUCAUUUUGGGAAGUGAAAAUGGGAGUAACCAAGAAUGAAAAGCAAAGGGAUCAAAAAGAGAUGGAGAAGGAAAGUUCGUCAUUAGUUGAUGAACAAGACUAGCAGAACCUAUAAACAUUUAACAACGAAACUUGCUUUUUAGUCUUUCCU